AUCCUGUUCAUUUCAUCUUGUUCGUAAAAGCCCUGAAAGAGGGGUGUCGAAUUUAGCGACCACCAGUUAAGUAUUGGUGCGCUUGUCUCCAUGUUAGUGCCCAUCCCACUGAGAGAAUAGCCGUCUUUAAGAAAAGCUCUGGUUCUUUGAGAUGCAACGUCGGCUUUCCGACAGUGACUGGCCAGUAGGAACAGUGCCGCGUGCGGCCAUUGAUUUGUACCAUCACUUGAACAAUCCCUAAGCAACAUUGCUUCUCAACUGCUCCUUUGUGCUCCUUUAAGCUCCAUCUGAUGUUAGGACCACUUAUGCAGCAUUAGUACUUUGUUUUGAAAUGCCACGUUUCAAAGUUCUAGGAAACUAUCACUUCAGUAUAAUUUACUUCACAUCGACUAUGAGAGCACACACUUGUUGCUUGUCUCGCCAUGAGAAACGAUUUCGUCAAUUUGGGCAUCUCAAAGUUGAACAACCAAUUAGAAUUGAUUGUAUUCUUCAUCGACAACGUCGUGUACGCUCAAAUGUUGCGGGAAUGUUCCAACGUGGAUAAUGGCGUGUUUGAUAACGUUAGGAAGGCCUUCACGGCCACCUUUUACUGGAUGAUUCUGGAAGACAGUGUGGCGAGGGCGUGAACUCCAGGGGAUCUCACGCCGCUUUUGAAAAGUAGGUGCUCACGAGUAUAGCGUUAAAUUCGUUAGGAUGUGUUGGAUGCGGAGUCGUCCCCACCAAUCGGGUUCUGGAAAUUGUGUGUUACCUCUUCCGAAUGCGUCUUCAUGGAAUUCUAGAUGCAGCGUCGUCGUGGUAGUUUCAUGAUUUCCUCAUUACUGCGCCAUGGAUAUGCUGUUGCAGCCAUUUAGGCCGCGUUUUCUUUCUAAGCGUGCGUCAGGGUGUGAUCAACUCCAGUGUGGGCGUCUUCCAUCUUUUGAUUUAGGCCUUGCUCGACGCUUCACUCCUGUUGGGUGCAGAAUAUCUGGUAGGAUUUUGAGGUACCCUGCAAUUAGACGUGUGCAAGGAGUGUGUAAGAGCCAAGGGAGUAGAAGAUGUUGUCAUAGACGCUCUAUUGUUCGUAUUCCCUUAUCCUGCUCAGACUGCGGAUGGGAAAGAUUUGGUUGUAGCCAAGGGGAUAUUUGGAGAUUUAAGGCACCGGAGCGAAGUGCGUUUGCGAUUGCCCAUUUCGAACAAGACAACAGAAGCCGAAACGAAGGUAAUGCAACCAAUCUCGAGAAUGAAGACCGUCCUCCCUUCAAUCUUGACCUCGCUGUCGUCCUCGCCGGGUUCGCAUUCGAGGCUUAUAAUACCCCUGCGGAGAAUGUGGGUGUGCAAGAAAAGGAUGCAGGUGACUGCGAGACAACCUUCUUAGCUCAGCAUUUCCUACGUGAGGUUUACGACGGGCAAGUAUUCGUAAAUUUGAAGAAGGGUAUGCAUUUUCCCGGGCUUGAUUUUUGGGGAACCAGUGAUCCUUAUGUUGUAUUACAAAUUGGAGGCUGUGAAGCACAAAGUAAAGUCAUCUGGGCCACGAAAGAUCCUAUUUGGAAUGAGGAAUUAAAGCUCAACGUCCAGGAUCCGACUUCGCAGAUUUUGCAGGUUGCAGCGUGGGAUGCCAAUGUAAUCACCGCUCAUCGUAGAAUGGGAAACACCGGAUUGAGUCUUAAGGAUUUGUCGGAUGGUAAGAAGCACGAAGUGGAACUUAAUCUAGGGGGUAUGGGUGGAGGUGGUGCUAUUCAGCUCGAGGUUCAAUACAAGAGCUUCGCUGAAAUGGAUGCAGAGAGGAGCUGGUGGAGUCUGCCUAGUUUGACUGACCUUCUUCACAUCAGAGAUGUGGAAGACGCGUACAAAAAAAUAUUUGGAGGGGAUGGUAUCAAGGCGAGUGAUUUUGUGAGGUCCACCCUAGGGUCGCUACCAUUCUUACUCGAAAACGAGAAAGAUGUUACUCCUGAAAUUCAAUUACAGAAGACACUCGCUUCAGAGGCGAAGAAUAAUAACAUUCAAGGUAAUGAGAGUACAGUGGACUCUUCGUUGAAGAUAACUGACCCAAACACUGCACAAACUUCCCAACCAUUCGACUGGUUCGGUUUUGGAAAACCUGAGCAGGAGGUCAACAAGGAAAACUUGGACCAUGAACAUGAUGAUGACGGUGAUUAUGUAAGAGCCGUUGUGCAGGCUGUAGGAAAAACAUUAGCCUCAAUUGGAGUGGAUGUUGGAAGUCUUGCUCCCUUAGAUAAGAAUACCUUGCAGGCUGAAGGGGAGACCAUCCGCAAGCUUGGUUCCGAGUUUCAGAGCAAGGCAGAAGCAAAUUAUGUAGAUAGUGGGUUGGCUAUUCCUAAUGAACAACUUGCGGAGUCACCAACUCAAAAUGACUCGCAGGAAAUGCAACCAAUGUUUGAGCAGUUGGAGAAAGCCUCGAAAACUCUGCUUCAGAGCACGGAGAACUUUCUAGGAUUGUGGGCUAUGGUGGCCCAGUCGUUUCCUGGAGGUCAGAAUCAGGAGGACAAGAAUGGUACUCUUGUAGCAUCUGGUCAGGCACCAGUUCAAACACAAGGUGCUGUCAGUAAUGACGAAGCUAAAGCACUUGAAGGGGAAUGCGAAGAUGAUGUGGAGACCAAGGCUAAGCGCGAAAUGUUUCAGACUGCUGAAAGUGCAGUGGAAGCAUGGGCAAUGUUGGCUACGUCUUUAGGUGGCCAAAGUUUUGUCAAAUCAGAGUUUGAGAAGAUGUGCUUUCUAGAGAAUCGAAGGACAGAUACUGAGGUGGCCAUUUGGCGUGAUGUAAAACGCCGAAGAUUGGUUGUUGCAUUCCGUGGAACAGAGCAGACCAAAUGGAAGGACUUAUCUACUGAUAUAAACGUCAUCCCUGUAGCGUUCAAUCCAGAGCGCAUAGGUGGCGACUUUAAGGAGGAAGUCAUGGUUCAUGGCGGUUUCUUGAAUGCCUAUGAUUCUGUGAGACGGCGAUUAAUGACUCUGUUGCAAGCCUCACUAGGUGUCAGGGAUAUCGAUACCAAUCCCGGUCAACCCUGGCAAGUCUAUUCAACAGGUCAUAGUCUCGGUGGUGCAUUGGCCACUCUGUUUGCUCUUGAGCUCUCUUCGUCAAAGCUAGCCAAAAAAGGGCAUGUACAGAUCACAAUGUACAAUUUUGGGUCGCCACGGGUUGGGAACAAGCGAUUUGCAGAUGUAUACAACAAGGUAGUGAAGGAUAGUUGGCGAAUAGUAAAUCAUCGUGACAUUAUACCGACUGUACCCAGACUCAUGGGCUACUGCCACGUCGCCCAACCUAUCUAUCUCUCAGCCGGAGCCCUGACUGAUGCGAUUCUUGAACGUGACCUCCUAGAAGACGGGUACCAUGGAGAUGUCAUUGGCGAAGUUACUCCCGACUUUGUAUUUGAGAACGUAAUGAAAGGAGAGAGGAAGAUGCUUGAGAGACUCCUGCAAACAGAGAUUGCAAUGCUGCGCGCCAUUCGUGAUGGGAGUGCUCUGAUGCAGCAUAUGGAAGACUUUUACUACAUCGCUUUAUUAGAGCGCGUGGAGCAGAAGAUGGCAAGCAGAUUACGAUGAACUGAUCGUUUGUUGAGUUUAGUGUCGACCCAAAUUCUGUGUAGCCUUGAUAUUGGUGUACUUUCGGCUUGCCCUGAAACGCAGUUUGGCCGGUGAUCUGAUUGCCUGACAAGUAUCGAAUGGUUUUUCACACAUCAACAAAAGGGGGUAUUAUCACAGCUAGAACUUGGAGUACUACUGGAAAUCUAGGUAUCUAUGGUUGGUUGCCUUACCAAUACUUCUCAUAACACCCAUUGUGUAUCACUAUCUUGACUAAGCUUUGUUUUGUUGCUAUUGGUAGUGUUGGUUUAGUGUGCAACAAAAGCAGAAUUCAAUUCGAAUUUUGGAAAUGUGAACUACAGUGCAAUCCAUGUAAAUUUAAUGCUAUCUAUUUCCUUUA